AACCUGCAGGUCUUUCAUCGGUUGUACUUUGCAUCAUUUUUGUUAGACGAGCUUACUUCAUGUUUAGCUUUGUUCAGAGGAAAGAAACGCCCACUUUCCAAUUCAUGAUCCGAGGGGGCUUUUCAAGUCCAAAUUAAUCAGCUGGGUCAGGCUGACCUGUGUCAAAGGGAGCAGGGAUUUACCCAGCAGAUCAAGAAAGGAAAGGGGAGAGAAAGGAGAUAAUCUCAUCUUCGUAAUUAAAAGUCUUAAAAAUGUCAUUUUCAAACGGGUGAGAGUGCUUCAAUACCUCGAAAAAAAAAGCAUGGGUGCUAAAUUAAAAAGAAACAGUGUAAAUGCAGAGGUUGUGCGCUCAUAAUGAGCUGUCCUUCAGGCUCUGUAGGGAUGAAUAGCUGGUGUGCUGUUGUUCAAGAUGCUGGCCUCACAUGUGGGGGUCUUUAUCCCAAGCUGGCUGAAAAACUUCCUUUUUCCUCAUUGUUGUAGGGACUAAAGUGGAUAAUUAGAACUUUCUGGGAAAAUGGGGGAAACUUCCAUGUUUCAUGUCACCAACACAAGUGGAGAAAAAAAAUAUAACUAGUACUCUAUAUUUGGGCAUGAAUUGUGCAAUAAAUAGAAAACAGAAAAACCCGUUUAUUAAAGGAGAUUUCAGCACAUGCACAUCCACACACCCACAGUCUGCUGCUGAAACUGCUCUGAAAGCUCUUUUGUAGAUCCAAAGAAUGUUCCCCUUGUCCACAACUUAUUUAUUCCACUUCCAUGUAAUUUUGUGUAGGACGGCCUGGUGACAAUGUUCAGAGGAAGAGCACCAGAAUGAUGAGAGGCAACACACUGUCUGCACAAUGUGUCAUUCUUGAAAUAUGUCCAUUAGCUGCCUCUAAAUCAAAGCCCCGGAUCAGUCCUGCUCAGUGGAGGAGCAGGAGGAGGAAACAGGGCACAGACAUGAAGGAGAAGAGUGGAGUUUUCCCUGCUUGGAAGGUGCUGCUGGCGGGGAUGUGUGUCCUGCUGCUCCUCAGCUCAGCAGGUUUGGUGUUCCUGCUGGUGCGACAGAGGGAGCUGACGGAGGAGCUGCUCAGGUUGGAUGCACAGGUGCGGGAGCUGUCACAGAGCUGCAGCCUGCAGGCGGGAAUCAUGGAGCCUGCAGAAGCUGGAGAGCCGGAGAAGCUCCACCGCAGCAGAAGAGACCAGGAGGAAGAUCCAUCACAGAUCCAGGAGGAGAAGGAUAUGAUGAUGAUGAUGACAUACUCCAUGGUUCCUGUCAAAGCCCUCAUGGAUCUGUGUAACAGCUCCAGAGGAUUUUGUAUAACAGGCCCAGCUGGACCUCCAGGAUUGCCUGGCAGAGCUGGUUCACCAGGACCACAGGGUGUGGCCGGGCCGCAGGGGAGACGAGGAAAAAGAGGACCCCCUGGUGAAAAAGGAGAUCCAGGACCUAAAGGAGACCCUGGGCCUCUUCGACUGAAAGGAGAAACCUCCAAUGACAUUCUGGUGGAGGGGCCUCCUGGUCCAAGGGGUCCUCCGGGCCCACCUGGCCCACCCUGUCCUGCCUGGUACUGUAAUAAAGUGAGAAACAAGUCCACCAGAGGGCACAUCUGUGAAACCAACAAGUUGAUGGAUUCAUCUCCUGUUCUGAUCAACGAAACGGACACAGAAAACACCAGCAGCUCUGCCAUUAACAAAACUGAGUCAGCAACAUCUCAUCAAGACGAGCACCAGAACAAUGCAACUGACAAUAUGAGAUGGGCAAAAACUGAAUCAUCAAUGACACACCCAGCUGAUGAUGACAGCAAUGUAACGAAUGUUACUGACUCUAAAAGACUCCUACACACAAAUGUUGAACCUGAGUCAGUUUCGAUUCAUCCAGAGUACAGCCACGACAACUUCAAUGACACCAACACAGAGAACUUUACAGAGGCACCAAUUCAAUUAUUACCAGAUGAUGUCUGCUUUUAUUCCUCAGCCCCAAAUCUGCCAGACAUGAUUCAAAACAGCGACACCUUCAGUGACAGAGAAAACUUAACUAUCACCUUGAAAAAUGAGUUAGUGUCACCUCGUCCAGACAACUCACUGAUUGAAACCAUCAGAGAGAGUGUGACAGAGGCUCCAACUAUUAACCAAUUACUAGUUACAGAGUCAGUGUCAUCUCAUCAAGACGUCAGCCACGACACCUUGAACAAUGCCAAACGAAAGAAUGCUACAGAGGCACCAAUUUCAUUUUUACCAGUGUCUCCAACAACACAUCCAGCUGAUGACGCCAGAGAGGUUUUUAUUGUCAAUAACUCAGAGAAACAUCAAAACACAGACGAGGAAUCUGUGUUACCAACAACACGUACAGCUCAUGAAGCCAGAGAUGUUUUAACUGUCAGUGACUCUGAGAAACCUCAAGACAGACAGGACUUAUCUGUGUCACCAACAACACAUCCUGCUGAUGAAGCCAGAGAUGUUUUUAUUGUCAGUGGCUCUGAGAAACCUCAAGACAGAGAGGAAGUAUCUGCAUUACCAACAGUAAACACAGCUCAUGAAGCCAGAGACGUGUCUAAUGUAGCUGACGCCGGGAAACUUCCAGACACUGAUGGACCAUCUGAGUCGGCAUUGCUUCAUGAAGACUUCAGCCAGAACACCCUGAAUGACUCCAGCACAGAGAAUGUUACAGACCAAACAAACAAAUUAUUAACAGCUCCGCUCACUGUAGGACAAAACAGUGAUGCCUCCAAGAAUUCUCGAACCAUCGUUGAUUCACACAUCACAAGUGAGUCUCAUCAAGAUGACAGCCAGGACAAUGUGACAAACAGUGUGAGUUGGACAGAAACUGCAGAAACUGAAUCACCAAAGUCACAUCCAGCUGAUGACGACAAAAGUGUAUUGAAUUUGACUGACUCUGAGAAACUUCGAAACACAAGUGUGGAAUCUGAAUCAGUAUCAGUUCAUCCAGAGUACAGCCACAACACCUUAAAUGACACCAACACAGAGAACUUUACAGAGGCACCAUUUAGAUUAUUACCAGCCCUCCUCUCUCCAGACCUGAGUCAAAGCAGCGACAACUUCACUGACAGGGAAAAUUUUACUUUUAUUUUAAAAAACGAGUUAGUAUCACCUCGUCCAGAUUACAGACAUGACACACAGAUUGAAACCAGCAGGGAAAGUGUUACAACAGCACCAGUUAACUUGUUUACAGAAUCAGUGUCACCUCAUCAAGACGACAGCCACGACACUUUGAACAAAACCGGAAGAGAAAAUGCUACAGAGGCACUGUUUAAAUUAUUAACAGCCUCACUUUCUGUAGAUGACACUCAAAAGAAGGAGACCUUCAAUAACAGUGACAACAUUAUGGAUAAACCAAUGAAAAGUGACUCUUCAUAUCUGCUUGAGACCGACAACAAGAUCAAUGUGACAAACACUGAGAGAUCGACAAGAACUGAGUGCACUAUGAAAACUAUUAAAUGUCCAGAAAGAGCCAUCAAAAUGUCGAGCACUUAUGGAGCCUGGAUGUCUGACGCAUCCCAGCUGGAUGACGAUCGAUACUGGGUGGCCGAACAUUUUUCAGGUCGAGUUCUAGCAGAGCACAGGAACAUAUCAACGUUUCAGAAUAAAAGCAGCAAUGACAUUGACAUGAGGAGGUACUACCAGGGCUGUGGGCAUGUCAUUUACAAGAAGUCGUUGUUCUUUCAAAGUGCAGGAACAAACAUACUUGUGAAAUUUGACUUGAACACCAGAAGUACAAGCACUCUGGUCAUGGCAAACAGCAGGCACAACAACCUGGCUUAUCUCUUCCGCAACUCCAAGACGUACUUCAAGUUUGCUGUGGACGAAAAUGGACUGUGGGUCAUUUUUGCUGCAGAUACAGAGGAUAACACAAUGGUUGCAAAGCUUAAUCCAGACACAUUCUCUGUGGAGUCAGUCAUUAACACUCACUACCCUACAACUAAAGCGGGAAAUGCUUUCAUCGUAUGCGGGAUGCUGUAUUUCACAGACGACAAAGACAGAAGAGUUACAUAUGCCUUUGACUUAAAGGACCAGAGUCCUCAGGAUGCAAGUUUUGAUUUAAGGCCAGCUGAUGGGAUCUUGGCUAUGGUAUCUUAUUAUCCUAACAAAAAGCUUUUGUAUAUGUGGGACAACAGCAGUGUGAAAACAUGCAGGGUUAAAGUCAAACCAACCCCAAAAUAACCACCAAUCUUGUAAAAUUAACAAUAAAAUGUUUAAUUUUUUAAAAUCUCAGUUGGUUUACGUGAA